AAGUAAGAUGCAACAUCCCCAAAGUCUGGUAAUGCCUUCAUUGGCRSAUUUAUGUUUCUUACGAGAAUUAAAUCUUAGCGACUGCAAUAUAUUGGAAGUGUCUGAUAGCAUUGGAGGCUUAUCAUUUCUAGAAUCUCUAAACUUGAAAGGGAACAACUUUACUAGCUUACCUGGAUGUCUGAGUCAACUUUAUCGUCUUAGAGAUUUAUACUUUUCUAAUUGCAAGAAGCUGGAAAUGCUUCCAGAACUUCCCCCUAACCUUGAGUUUCUUUUCGCAUUUUUUUGCCCCUCCUUGCAUUCACCUAACAAUUUUAAUAUUCAAUCAUCCUCAUCCAUGAGUUUUGUCGGUUGUCCAAAAUUGUUUAAAAAUAUUGAAAGCCAGUUUUGUAUGUGUCAGCCUCCACUUGAUCUUAACUUAUCUAUAACCUCCUAUAGUUGUAGAAACGAAAUUUCUUCUUUGCUUCAAUUUACGUCGUUCCCGACUAACACACGUGGAAUCUUCGGUGGACAAGACAAUUACCUUUUGGAUAUAAAAUAUCAUGGAAAUAGAAUUCCACAAUGGCUUACAGAUACAAGUAUGGGAAAUCACUUACAGGUCGAUUUGCCUUCAAAUUUCUGCUACAAGAAGUUGAGGGGAUAUGGAUUUUGUGUUGUUUUGACGUCGAAAAUGUCUUGUUUUGGUCACUACAAUUACAACAAUUUACCAUGCUAUCAUGUGGACAACUUUGAUGGGACUUCUUUGGUUGACGACCAUCGAUUUAUAUAUGGUUCCACUAAAAUCCCUAAGUUAGAUAUCAUAUGGUUUUGUUUUAGUUCUUGGAUUGAUAUUGGAUGGUCGGAGGCAAAGAAUUUUGUUACUUUUUCGAUUGAACACGGUGAUGAUBUUGAGGUAAAAGAAUGUGGUUUUAGACUUGUUUUUGAUGAAGAUAUAGAAGAAGGGACGAAUUUCAGUCUCAUUCAAGAGCUCCCAACUCCAACAAAAGAAGGAGGUGCCAUCCGCAUGUUCUCGAAUAAUCGAAGUUUCAAUUGGUCGUGGUAGGUAGUCUGAUUAACAAAGAUGUAUUGUGGCGAUGCAUAUGUCAAAGCUUGGAUGUCAUUGAUUGUAAUAUAAUUUUGUCAUUUUUCCCUCACAAUUGUAAUUUAUAUUUAGUAUCAUAACUAUAUGUAAUGAAAAUUGUCUCUG